AUGAACAGCAAGAAUUUCAAAAAUAUCGAUAAUAAUAAUGAGGCUGUUGUUUCAGAGGAUGCUGGUGGAACUGAUGUUAUGGAUUAUAAUAAUGUCGGUCAUGUUGACGAUAACAAUUAUAAUGAUGACAGGAUUAAUCUCACACAAGUCUUGAAAUCACUUACUACAACUUGGUCAGACACUACAUUUGUCAAGCAUGCAUCAAAUUCAUUACAACUUUAUGUCACUAGUGCUAUUCUUAUUAUAUUUGGAUAUCUUCCAAAAGAGAUAUUAUUAAAGAUAAACAUUUAUAAAGACAUAGGUGUUGGCACAACACAAUGGAUGAAAAGUUCUUUUGAUAGAACACGUAAAAUUGCAAUGAUUACUGUUGAGAUGCUUUCAUGGUUACUUGAUGAAAAUGAUGACGUGUUGGAUUUCAAGUUAGAUCCUCAAGAUGAAGAAGUUAAAACAUUAAGGCAAUUGGUUGAUGCAAAGGACGGAUUAAAUAAUUUGCUGAUUAUUAAUACUGAAGAAGAAGAUGAUGAUGAUAAUGAGAACAGGUCAUUUAAAAGGAAUAAAGACAUUAAUGAUGAAAAUAAUUCACAAUCCAUUUCUGUCAUUACUAAUUCUUUUGAAGAAGAUUUUGAUCAAUCAUCAAAUGUUAUUGAUGAGGAUGAAACUACUAAACUGGUUGGAGAUUCUGAUGAUGAAGAUGACUUUGAACCAUAUUCAAUGGAUGAAAGCGAUUUUGAUGAAAAUGAAGAAGAUUAUGAUACUUUAGCAACAAAGCCAAAAAAUACUUUGCCUCCUGUCGAUUUUGAUGAAAAUGAAGAAGAUUAUGAUACUUUAGCAACAAAGCCAAAAAAUACUUUGCCUCCUGUAUAUAUUAUAGACUUGUUUAAAAUGUUAAAAGCAGCUGAAGAUCCUGAAAAGAUUGAAAUUGCUAUGAAUACAGCUGAAAAAUUGAUUAGACUAAAAACCAAUUUUGGAACGGAAUUAGAUGAAAAUGCUAAUGAGUUGGCCAGAGUUCUUAUUUCAAUAAAUAAUACAUUUGAAUUGAAAGAAUUUGAAGAAAAAAGACAUGCGGCAUUAACUGCACUCGUAGUUGGAAGUCCAAAAAAUACUUUAGAUCCUCAAGAUGAAGAAGUUAAAACAUUAAGGCAAUUGGUUGAUGCAAAGGACGGAUUAAAUAAUUUGCUGAUUAUUAAUACUGAAGAAGAAGAUGAUGAUGAUAAUGAGAACAGAUCAUUUAAAAGGAAUAAAGACAUUAAUGAUGAAAAUAAUUCACAAUCCAUUUCUGUCAUUACUAAUUCUUUUGAAGAAGAUUUUGAUCAAUCAUCAAAUGUUAUUGAUGAGGAUGAAACUACUAAACUGGUUGGAGAUUCUGAUGAUGAAGAUGACUUUGAACCAUAUUCAAUGGAUGAAAGCGAUUUUGAUGAAAAUGAAGAAGAUUAUGAUACUUUAGCAACAAAGCCAAAAAAUACUUUGCCUCCUGUAUAUAUUAUAGACUUGAUUAAAAUGUUAAAAGCAGCUGAAGAUCCUGAAAAGAUUGAAAUUGCUAUGAAUACAGCUGAAAAAUUGAUUAGACUAAAAACCAAUUUUGGAACGGAAUUAG